AUGUCGGAGGUACGGUUCAUCGAAUUCCAGUCUAUAACAUCCAAGUGCUCCUCGAAUGGCAUCCAGACAUGCGCCCACUUCUCCAGCACAGAGCAAUGCCAGGAGCCCAUUCAGCUGCACAGUCCAGCAGAGCGAGAGCUGCUGCAGGAUCUCUGCGACAAGCUGCAUGCCACCGAUGUCCUCGAUAAGGCCAACCGAUCAGACUUGUUACAGCAAAUCGCCAGCCUCACCCUCUGCUAUGCACACGGCGAGGCUGAAGAUAUCGACGCUGCCAUGGUUCAGUGGGAGACUGAGAUUCAGUCUCGAGUCUCGACUACGCAGCCACAGACCCCAAUUGCAGCCAGCACUCGAGACAAACAGUCGCUCCGCUUCCACAGCUACUAUACCCCUCGAUCCCGGAAGAAGCCUGAUAGCCCGGAGGCCCUCGAUGUGAUGGUACGCCAGUUGCUUUCGGGGAACAUUGGAGUUAAGCAAAAAGAAUGCUUGUAUGUCUUUAGUGACAAUCAUACAAGCGAUGCUUACAAAGUUGGCUGUGGAGCGGAUCUCAGUCGAGCUAUGGAGGGCUGGGAGAAGUGCUACCCAAAACAUAAGUUACACUGCUUCACCGAAUGUCCAAAUGCGUACCUUUUCGAGAGAGUCGUGCAUGCAGAGCUUGCCCUAUACCGACGCAGGCAUAAGUGUACCAUGUGCCCCCGCGAGCACGAGGAAUGGUUUGAGGCGCCGCUGCCAGUAAUCCUGGAUAGCGUCCGGGCCUGGUCCUCUUACGCAAGCAUGCUCUAUCGACGUGGCCUUGCUAUUGAUGGGUAUCAUCAAAUACUUCCUUUGGCCGGGUUCUCGAACCGCCAGGACAGAUGGCGAAGAUGGGCUCUUAAAGAGACUAUGCGAUGGAUGGACGGAACCCCAGGUCAUACAGACUCCUCACAGGAGCAACCCCCACCAGAGAGAAUCGAUCUUACGAAUUCGGGCAACAUAUCUGGCUCUGAGACUGCUUCGACUGCGUCGACUGCGUCGAGUCCUGCAAGUAGUUGUGAUACCCCAGGCACCACCCCCGCGACGACCCCCGGGUCUUUUGGCAUGGAAGAGUAUGGUCUCUCGCCGACACCUGGAGUGAGGUAUGAUACACGCAAACCGGAGGUCCCCGAUGAAGACAACGACGACAUUGAAGGAAAAUCCGAGUCCGUUGUAAGAGCUUUGUUCCCCCGAGCCAAACCGGGCUCACCUAGUUCACCUGGCCCUACCAUCCCGGCAGAGGAUGUGCUUCCCAGCAAGAUUGAGACCUCGAAUCUACCGAAAAGCAGCGUGGACCCAGUUUCCGAGCCCCCUUCCACAAGCAUGCCCUCAAGCACCCGGGUCGAUGAGAAGGUACGAGACCUUCUUGAAAAAAACACCGAACACCCUUACAACCCUGGCACCAUCUAUCUCACGCCUCCUCACCCACAGAAAGGGUCCUCCAAGAUAUACUACCGGCAGGACAAACCUCGAAGUAAAAGAGAACGCUACACCAACCUGCCUCCGGAUCUCGAGAUCAGAUGUACAGAUGCAGCGGUUAUCCAAGGUCUGGUUCUGGCGGAAUUCGACGGCUGGACUCAUAAGGAUACAUGUGGGCGCGACGGAUGCAAAACGGGGCAUUUCAACUGGAUUAACCGCCCAGGCGAUGUCAUCAGCGCGAGUGUCCAGGCGUGGGCGACUCUGCUUGAGAGAGGGUACGACAGAGCCCUGAUUCCUCCAAUGGGCUUUUCGCGGGAUGCAGAUAGAUGGACGAAGUGGGCUCAGGAGACAGCAACAAAGGGGAAGCAGAGGAAGACAGAUGUAUCAUCCGACGUGAAUGGGGCAUGUACAGAUCCACCUAAAAAGGGAGAGCAUGGCGGAGCGAUGCGUAUGAUCCGACGGGUAUCGACUUUCAUGAAGAUGACAGGCAAGUCUAAGGGCCCACCUAAGAAGCAUUGA